UUGCGGCAGGCCGUAAGUGACGACGUGGGCGGUGCGAGUGCAGCUGGAGGGCAGAGGAGGCGGCGCGCCGGUCCUGUCCUCGCCAUGAGGCCGCAGCAGGCGCCGGUGUCCGGGAAGGUAUUCAUUCAGCGAGACUACAGCAGUGGCACACGGUGCCAGUUCCAGACCAAGUUCCCCGCGGAGCUGGAGAACCGGAUUGAUAGACAGCAGUUUGAAGAAACAGUUCGAACUCUGAAUAACCUGUAUGCAGAAGCAGAGAAGCUUGGAGGCCAAUCCUAUCUUGAAGGCUGUUUGGCUUGUUUAACAGCAUACACCAUCUUCUUAUGCAUGGAAACUCAUUAUGAGAAGGUUCUGAAGAAAGUGUCCAAAUACAUUCAAGAGCAGAAUGAGAAGAUAUAUGCUCCCCAAGGCCUCCUCCUGACAGAUCCCAUUGAGAGAGGACUUCGAGUUAUUGAAAUCACCAUUUAUGAAGACAGAGGCAUGAGCAGUGGAAGAUAAACCAUAGAAUUAAAGGUGUUUGUCACUAACAGGGAGCACAGAAACAGAUCCAGACCUGCUCCUCCUUCCAAGGGCAACAGUAAUAAUAACUGCCGUUUCGAGGGCACCUGCUCUGUGCCAGGUGUUCUGCGAAUGGUAUGUCUCCUUACAAAAAGUGUGCCGAGUAUUUCCUCCAUUUUAGAGAUGAGCAAACCGAGGUACAAAUAGAUGGAGCGGUGUUCUCAAAGUCAUUCAGUUUAACACAGUUUGGUAUAUGAACCCAAAUUUGGUGAACCAUAAAACCCCUGUUUUUACACCAUAUCUCUUAUAAGUACUUGCAGCAGAAGAAACAUGGGGAGAGGGGAGAGUUCAUCAGAUUAUUCUAGGUGUUUAUCCUCCCCUUUUCUUUUUCAAGACUUUCUUAAAAGAUACAUUUUGUCUACCCCUGUACAAUUUAUCAGAUCCUAUAAACCAACCAACAUUCCAAAGCUGCCGUCUUUUAGCACUAGUAAAAGUGGCACCUGAAUUCUUUGACUUUGAAAGCCAAAAUCUAAAUAAUGACAUCCUCUGCCGUGUGUUUCCUUUCUUUAAAAAGGUCUUGUUUGGGAACACUUAGUGUUACUUGCUCAUAGACUUUGUCGUGUACAGUUUCCAAACUGACACUUCUCAGUGGAGCAACCAGGAACCUUACUGUGUGGUUUUGGUAUGUGCUGUUGGAAUAAGUUUGUUUUAUCGAUUGCAGCUGCCUUGAUUUGGCACAACCCAUUUGUCAUGACUCAUUCUGCAGCUAUUAUUGCUAAAUGUAAUGUUUUUCUGGGGUGGUGUGGGGUUUUGAGCAAUUACACACCAGAGACUAAUCUAUCAAUAGCCAGGCAACUGUGAAAUUUUGAAAUGGGAAAGAUUUACAUUAGGAACUUCUGGAUAGUUUCAUGAAUGCAGAUAUUUCUGUUCAGUUUAGAGCUGCAUGUUCCUCAGGCCCAGGAUCUAGUAUGGGCGGAGGUCUUGGUGGAGGGGGAGAUACUGUAAGAAUAAUUAAUUCAGUUCUGUGGUUUUUCUUAAGUCUCUAAGGUUUCUGUGCAGGUUGAAGAAUUACACGAGAGUUAAUGAUUUAGCCAAAAAACAAACAAAUCAUGGAGAUGGCCUUUAUUAAAGAGGUUUAAAAUCACUCUAUUAAAGACUGAUAGAGUUUUCUCUUUGAAUUGUCUUUAUUUAAAAAUUGGAACAUAAUCAUUACUUGGUCACAAUAAAUGAGCACUGAUAAAAAUAGCUAACUUUUGUGGGUGCUCAUUCUGCACCUGCACUGUUCUCAAUGCCUAGUACUGAUCAUCACAGCGGCCCUACAAGGUACGUACUAUUAUUCCAGUUUUCUCAGAUGAGGAGAGUCAGGCGCAGAGAACCCAAGUUACUUGUCUAAGACCGAAGACUAGUAGGUAGCAGCCAAGGUGGCCUGGCCCCAGACUCGCUGCUUCAGCCCGCGCUGUGCUGCCUGCCUCUUGUAACAGGAUUGUUCAGAGACUGAAAUAUCCAGGGCUUGUGUUUCUAGACUGUUGAGCUAUGUGGUUGCUUAGUCAAUUAGUACAGAUCCAAGUAUUCUGUUAGAACUGAGGAGCCCCUGUGAGCUGGUGUAGGUGAGAUGUUGUAGAGGUUAUUUUAGCAUCCCUUUCUAAAACUUCUACUUUUCGCAUCUGACGGCAGAUCCCACCUCCAGCUGGGACCCUCAUCUAUCCACUGGCCGAUCGCAGAGUGUCCCCUACCUCCUCUCCAGAGCAUCAUUCCUUUGUAUCUGCUGCCAGAGCCACGGUGCCAUUUACUCCAAGGACUAACUUUCUAAGAUUCCACACCUGGAGUGACCUCUAGUCGCUCAGCAUCCACUUUGUGUCUCCAAAUUGUGUAGGACUCUGUAAUCUUUUGAUUAGUUUCUGAGAAAACACAAUGAAGCAUUUCACUUUUUAUUCAAAGCCAUUAAUAAAAUAGGCCGUUGGUUAGCCCAACACAAAGUUUCUUUCUUAUCUGCCACCAGUACCAGUGGUUCUCUUCAUUCCAGGGGCCAGCUUCCCAGGUGGCUCUCGACUUCCAGUCACAUCUCAGCCAGUGUUCAGUCUUAUUUCCCUCAAAUUCAUAAAAUGCUUUUCUCCAGGAUUUUGGUGAAAGGUAGGCUGUGUCUGUGGUUUUGCUAAUGCAUCUCCCGGAUUUCAAAGAACUACCAGUUUUGCCAUGACUAAAAUCUUAAAGAUCUGUUUCUGCUGUUCAGUUUCUUAAACUGAAACUCAUUGGAAAAAUAAUGUAUGAUGUUAUUUGUUUUAUGAUAGUAAUUAUUCCUAAUUAAAGCAGUAUUUAAUGCAAUUUCCAGUUAUUUUUCUUUGGAGAAUUUUGUUAUUAUUGCAUUACCUUGAAUGUUGGGAAGAUGUAGUAUGUGUUGCGUGUUCCUUACAAAAAUAAGUAAGCACAAUAAAGUGGAUGCUAAACCAUCAAACAUAAAUGUCCCUGCUGUGUCCCUGAAUGUGUAAUAAGCAAGUAUAAUAAAUAUUUUAAUUAUAGUUUUGUUAUAAAUAUAACUUAUGAGAAAAGAAAUUUGAUAGGAAUAAUACUGUAUAUUGCUAAUUUUUAACUGUCCCUACUGGCAAACCUUAUGAUUCAUAGACUUUCCUCAUAUACAGUAUUCAGUGCACAGAAAUCUUAUGAUUGGUUCAAAUACAGUAAGUCAAAUGAUUUCCAACUAAAACUCUCAAGUCUGAGUCAGUGUUUCAAGUUCUUUUGGCUGUAUGUUCUUAGUAUUGGGGUUUCUUAUGCCCUUCCUUCAUCUUUGGGGUUUGAGAGCACUGUUUUUGGGAGAAAGUUCAGAAAUAUAUUAGGAGAGAAUGAAACAGUUAAAAGUUUUACUUUCAGAGAUACUGUAGGUGCUAAUACUGGAUUUAAUCUUUCAGAUUUAGUUUCUUUUAUGGAUCUGUUAUUCAGUAAAUCUCAUCAGUCUGUGUAAUAUUUUAAUUGUAUAAAAUUCCUUUGUUACGUUAGAGCCUGUAAUAGUGUGUCUGUCUGCCUUUUAAACCUGUUGCAAUAACUUUGCUGAAAUAAGAACACAUUAGUAAAACUUUUCUUAAA